ACAGCCCUUUGUAUGUUAGUGGGAAUACUCAUAUUCCCCGCCGGUUGGGACGCAUCGAUCGUCAGAGAGGUUUGCGGCAAUGAAGCGGACAAUUACGGUAGCGGUCAGUGCGGUAUCAGAUGGGCGUUCAUUCUGGCCAUCAUUGGUGUUGUCGAUUGUAUGGUAUUAUCCAUUUUGGCCUUUGUUUUGGGCACACGUUAUGUCAAACUAUUGCCCGAUCAGUAUCUCUCCAACGGAUCCACAUAUAAAGGUGAAGUGAACUCAGCGUUUAUGGCCGACAGCGGGAGUCGUAAAUCAUUGCAUUUACAGCCGGUUGUGAUGAUGUCGGGAGCGGUGGCCGAAGCCGAGCGCUUCUCCGAGUAUUCCCACCGAACCGGAAGAUCGCAUAAAUCCAAUGGUUUCCAUCACUCCUCCACUUUCAACAACUUUCAACUAUAGAUAUCAACCAAAAACCCUAUCAAUACUUUUCCAAAUAUAUAUAUUCUGGACUUACAUAACAAAUAAAGUCGAGAAUAAUUCAUUGUAUAUGAAAUCAGACACGU